UACAUUUUUUUAGGUGUAGGUAUACCGUGUAGCUUAAAUAUUUAAUUAACAUUUAUCUUAGUUUACUUUUCUAUCUCCUUAAAUAUGAUGAUUAAUUUGAGUCUUCUGUUCCUUUGUGUUAUUUUAACGACCGCAGAAAAAAACGACGGCUACUGUGAUUUAAAAGAAAAAACUUGUGAUGGAGCUUUUCUAAAUGAAAAGUUUAUUAUGUACGAUGUAAACCCACCAGAAGGGUUCAAUUUAAGACGGGACGUCUAUAUGAGAUUUGCAAUCAUGCUAUCCGAGGCUGGACAACAUCAUAAAAAUUGGAAAUUGAUUUUGCCGCCGUGGUAUAAUUUGUACCAUUGGAAAGCAAAACAAAAUGCCUAUCCGUUAUAUUGGAGUCACUUUUUUGAUGUGAAAUCCUUAAAAAAAUUCGCACCAGUAGUGGAAUUACAUGAAGUGUUUUCGAAAAUAGAUUCGAAUAUUUUUACGAUUGAUCGUCUAUAUGUAUUACAAAACUUUCCAGAUGCAUUUGAAAACGGUGAAUUUAGAGAUAAAUGGGAGAUUGAAGGGAACUGUGAUUAUGGUAGCAGUUUUUGGGGAUAUAAAAAUAUCACAGUAAAGGAAACAAUAUGUGUAAAAUAUCAAGGAAGAGUAUCAAAUUUAUGGGAAUUGAUAUCUUUAAACCCAUCAGAUAAGUUUGUCAUGUUCGCUCAUGGUGAAAUUCCAUUACAUGAUCAAUAUGGCACUAAAAAGUUUUGGGAUUGCAGACGAAGCAUGAAAUUUAAUAAAAAUCUCAUUAAUAUAGCUAAAAAAUUCAUUUCUAAACACUUCGAUUGCAAUAAUGAAAAGUGUACAACAUAUAUAAGUAUUCAUUGGAGACGACAGGAUUUUGCUCGAUCAUGUAGAAAAGAUGUACCAUCAAUAAAAGGAACGGUGAAACAAAUUGAUAACGCUAUCAAAACCUACAACUCACAAGUUGUUGAUAUUUUCAUAGCAUCGGAUGCUCAGAAGUCUGAAAUCAUAAAUUUGGAAAAACAACUCAAUGAUAUUGGUUAUAAGGUCCAUUUUUAUUUACCGACACAAUCACAGUUAAAUAAAUAUAAAGAUGGCGGGGUUGCUGUCAUAGACCAGAUAAUAUGUUCGCAUGCCGCAUACUUUAUUGGAACACAUGAAAGUACAUUUACAUUCAGGAUACAAGAAGAAAGGGAAAUAUUAGGUUUUAACAGUUCGACCACUUUUAAUAGGCUAUGUCCUGAUAAUGGUAGAUGUGAACGUCCUUCAAAAUGGAAAAUUGUCUGUUGAUUACAAAAUUUUGUCUUUUGAUUAGAAAACCAAUUCUCAAUCCUUAAGGUAACUGUGCACUGUAACACUUGCUUUCUUUUUUAACCCCAUGAAAUGAAAUAGAGGUAGCAAUAUCUUGUAAAAUUAGCUUCGCUGUAAGAUUGUGAAAUUAAAAUAAGCUCACUUAUGUUUAAUAUUAAUUAAUGUAGAAACGUAAUAAAUUCCAAUUAGUCUUUUUUAAAAUGUGCCAUAAUUAUUUUUAAGUUGUAAACCAAAGAUUUUAAAUAUAAUUUACAAAUACUAUAAUUAGUUUAUAUA